AUGCGUUUUUUAUGUCUGCACGGCAUCGGCACCGGAAAUGCCAUACUGGAGGCCCAGCUAUACAUGAUCAAACGUCAGCUGCCAGGCCAUGAGUUCGUCUUUUUCCAGGGGGAGCUGGAAACUCCACCCGCGCCAGGAGUCGACAAGUUCUUUCCAGGGCCUUACUACUCUUACUUCACCGUUCCCUCUCCGGACACCGUGCUAGAAGCGGUCAACCGCUUGGAGCAAUUCAUCGACUUCCACGGCCCGUUCGAUGGGAUUCUAGGAUUCUCCCAAGGGGCUGCCCUGGCCGCUUCCUACCUUCUCUACGACGCCAACCGGCCAUAUCCUCAUGCCGAGUUCAGAUGUGCGGUGUUCUUCUGCGCAAUCCAAUGUUGGGAUCUCGAAAGCCCCGGGUUUACGCUGGAUAAGGAGGGACACUGCCGUACUAUUGCAGAGGAAGGGAAAUCCUCCGAGGUUCUCGGCAAGACGGACAAUAUUACAAGCCUUUUUGGCGCCGCUGACCAUCCCCUGCUUUGUCGGCAAUGGAAUGCAGCCACACCGCUACUGUGGCCGUACGGGAAGGCUCCCAUGCGUUUGGAUCCACUGGCCCAGAUCUCGCUCCCGUCACUGCAUAUUGUCGGCGCCAAAGACCCUUAUCGGGCCGACGCACUUGCUUUGCAAACGCACUGCGCCACAGGUAAGGCCCAGAUGGUGGAGACGGCGGCCGGACAUGAGAUCCCUCGUGAUCCCGUUCUGGUACGCAAGGUUGCUCAAUUCCUUCACACAGCCCCCUGUUCAGCCCGCAAAUGA